AGCAAGCUUAAAUUUCCAGUAUUUUGUCUCACCAAUUUCAGCACAAGGUCUUUUACUUGCGUCUUCUUCUUUUCUUUCUCAAGCCAUGUCUUUCUUUUCCUCUCUCGUCUCGCGAUUGCGUUUUUCCUCAAGACCUUUAUACAGCAAUCUUCGACAGACACUUCUCCAUCGACGAAUGAUCCGACAUUCAACCUUGGAACAGACUCUGAUUUCUGAUUCAAAACACUCGUGGAACAUGUCAUGGGGUUGUUCUCUGCUUCCCAUGGCACUUGCUGUCUCUGCUGGGACGAUUUCCUUGAACGUUCAGAGCAAUCUUUCUCUAUGCCAAACCCAAAAUGGUGACCCUAGUUUUGGGGGCAAAGGUAGCACCGAGUACCUGGUGAACGGUGAACAUAAGAAUGUCCCUCAAGAACUCUUUGAUGAAUUGAAGGACAUUUGUCAGGAUAACAUGACCAUAGAUUAUGAUGAGAGGUCUGACCAUGGUAAACCUCAUAAUAGCUUUCAUAAGGCAGUGAAUAUCCCUGAUGUGAUUGUUUAUCCAAGGUGUGAGAAGGAAGUUUCUGAUGUAGUCAAAAGUUGCAACAAGCACAAGGUUCCUAUAGUACCAUAUGGUGGAGCUACAUCUAUUGAGGGUCACACAUUAUCACCUCAUGGGGGUGUUUGCAUUGACAUGACACUCAUGAAAAGUGUUAAAUCUCUACAUAUUAAGGAUAUGGACGUGGUUGUUGAGCCUGGUAUUGGAUGGAUGGAACUUAAUGAAUUUCUGGAGCCUUAUGGUCUAUUUUUUCCUUUGGAUCCUGGGCCUGGAGCAACAAUUGGUGGCAUGUGUGCUACUCGGUGUUCUGGUUCUUUAGCUGUGAGGUAUGGAACUAUGCGGGACAAUGUUAUCAGUAUGAAGGUUGUGCUACCUGAUGGAGAAGUUGUCAAGACAGCCUCUCGUGCUCGAAAAAGUGCCGCAGGAUAUGAUCUGACUCGCUUGAUGAUUGGAAGCGAGGGAACACUAGGAGUUAUAACUGAGGUUACUUUGCGACUUCAGAGAAUACCUGGGAAUUCAGUGGUGGCAAUGUGCAAUUUUCCCACUAUUAAGGAUGCAGCUGAUGUUGCUAUUGCCACUAUGAUGUCAGGUAUCCAGGUAUCAAGGCUGGAGUUACUAGAUGAAGUUCAAGUGAAGGCCAUCAACAUUGCAAAUGGAAAAAAAUUGCCUGAAGUUCCAACAUUAAUGUUUGAAUUUAUAGGAACUGAAGCAUACUCUCGCGAACAGACAUUAAUAGUCCAGAAGAUUGUGUCUGAGCAUAAUGGUUCAGACUUCGUCUUUGCAGAAGACCCUGAAGCCAAAAAGGAACUCUGGAAGAUUAGGAAGGAGGCACUAUGGGCUUGCUUUGCUAUGGAACCUAAUUUUGAAGCAAUGAUAACGGAUGUAUGUGUUCCUCUAUCGCAUUUAGCAGAAUUAAUAUCGAGAUCUAAAGAGAAGCUUGAUGCAUCAAGAUUGGUGUGCACAGUCAUUGCUCAUGCUGGUGAUGGGAACUUCCAUACUGUGAUUUUAUUUGACCCGAGCAAAGAUGAAGAUCGACGAGAAGCUGAGAGAUUAAACCAUUUUAUGGUUCAUACAGCUCUAGCAAUGGAAGGUACUUGUACUGGGGAGCAUGGUGUUGGAACAGGAAAGAUGAAGUACUUGGAAAAAGAGCUUGGAAUGGAGAAUCUAAGGACAAUGAAGAAAAUAAAAGAUGCUUUAGAUCCCAACGGUAUCAUGAAUCCUGGAAAGCUCAUACCUCCUCAUGUUUGCUUUUAGUUCUCCUGCACUCAACAUAAGCGCUAAUAAUAAUAAUACAUAAAUGUAUUUGUUUUUAUACUUGCAUUCCUGUUAAUUUUAUCGUAUUAUUUAUCAAGGUUCUGUUCGGGUCAUCAACCCGGUUUUUUGGGCGAA